CGCGCCGGAGUUCGGAGCAACGAAAGAUUUGGCUUUAACGGUUUAAAUGUCGGAACAAACAACCAGUCAAAUAUUAAGUUUUUUUGUAUAAGCGAUGCCAAAUUAAAUAUUCGUCAGGAAAUCGCGCUUGUUAUUCGUUAUCGGACAUAAUUUGCUCAAGCUUACGCGACAAGGUGUCCAAACACAGAGAUUAUGAAGAUGGCGUUUAUUAAAGUGGAGAGUGAAGACCUGAAGAUUGAAGACACAUUCACAGUCAAACAUGAAGACCCAGAGAAACAAACAGAGCUGAUGGUGCUGAAAGAAGAGACUGAAGAACUGAAUGAAACAGAAGAGAAAGAGCUGAUGGUGCUGAAAGAAGAGACUCAAGAACUGAAUGAAAUGGAAGAGAAAGAUCAGUUUGAGAAAAACCAAGACUUGAUGACUGAUAAAUCUACCAUAACAAAAAAGACUUCACCUUGUGAAAGAGCUCAGGAAACCAAAUCUAAUGGUAACUUUACCUGCAGUCAAUGUGGAAAAAGUUUUACUCAAAAAUACAAGCUUAGAGUUCACAUUAGAGUUCACACUGGAGAGAAGCCUUUCUCAUGUGAUCGGUGUGGAAAGAGAUUCAUUGACAAAUCGAAGCUUGUAUCCCACAUGAUUACUCAUACCAAUGAGAGGCCUUACCCGUGUCCCGAGUGUGGAAAGAGUUUCAAACAAAAGCAAAAUCUUGCAAUUCACAUGAGAAUUCACACUGGAGAGAAGCCUUUCUCAUGUGAUCAGUGUGACAUGAGUUUCAGUCAAACCCAUUACCUUAAAGCCCACAUGAACGUUCACACCAAGGAGAAGCCUUAUGCCUGCCAACAGUGUGGAAAGACAUUCAGGCAAAUUAAAAUCUAUAAAAAUCACAUCAAACUUCACACAGGAGAGAAGCCGUGUGUCUGCCCUCAGUGUGGAAUGAGAUUCAUUCAUAAACAAAGACUUGAAACACACAUGAAAGUUCACAAUAAAGACAUACAGGCAAUAAAGCCUUUCCUUUGCCAGCAAUGUGGAAAGAGUUUUGCUCAAAAAGGUACCCUUAAACUCCAUAUGAGAGUUCACACUGGAGAAAAACCCUACACUUGCUCUCAAUGCGGGAAGAGUUUUACACAGAAAGGCAACCUUGAUUCUCACAUGAAGACUCACGCAGAAGAGAAAUCUUUCCUCUGCCAACAGUGUGGAAAGAGUUUCAGUCAAAAGAAAUGCCUUGAAAUCCACAUGAGAGUUCACACUGGAGAGAGACCUUACAUUUGCUCUCAAUGUGGAAGGAGUUUUACACAGAAAGGCAACCUUAAUUCCCACAUGAGGACUCACGCUGGAGAGAAGCCGUUUAUAUUUGGACAAAGUGUCCAAACACUGAGGAAAACUCCUGCUGAAGCGACUGAUCUCCACACUGUUAUAAAGAUGGCGUUUAUUAAAGAGGAGAGUGAAGACCUGAAGAUUGAAGACACAUUCACGGUCAAACAUGAAGAUUCAGAGGAACAAACAGAGCUGAUGGUGGUAAAAGAAGAGACUCAAGAACCUAAAGAAAGGGAAGAGAAAGAUCAGUUUGAGGAACACCAAGAUAUAAUGACUGAUGAAAAAUCUACCAAGACAAAAAAGACUUCACCUCAUAAAAGAGCUCAGGAACCCAAAUCUAAUGGUAACUUUACCUGCAGUCAGUGUGGAAAAAGUUUUACUCAAAGACACAACCUUAUAGUGCAUAUUAGAAUUCACACUGGAGAGAAGCCUUUCUCAUGUGAUCAGUGUGGAAAGAGUUUCAUUGGAAAGUCAAGACUAGUAUCCCACAUGAGUACUCACACCAGAGAGAGGCCUUACUUGUGUCCUCAGUGUGGGAAGAGUUUCAAACAAAAGCAUAAUAUUGCAAUUCACAUGAGAAUUCACACUGAAGAGAAGCCUUUCUCAUGUGAUCUGUGUGGAAGGAGUUUCAGACAAAAAUCAAGACUUGAUAUUCAUAUGAGUACUCACACGAGGGAGAGGCCUUAUGCCUGCCAACAGUGUGGAAAGAGAUUCAGGCAAAUUCAAAUCCUUAAGAAUCACAUUAAACUUCACACUGGAGAGAAGCCUUAUGUCUGCCCUCAGUGUGGAAUGAGAUUCGUUCAAAAACAAAGACUUGAAACACACAUGAAGGUUCACAAUAAAGACAUACAGACAAUAAAGUCUUUCCUUUGCCAGCAAUGUGGAAAGAGUUUUGCUCAAAAGGGUACCCUUAAAAUCCACAUGAGAGUUCACACCGGAGAGAGACCUUACACUUGCUCUCAAUGUGGGAAAAGCUUUACACAGAAAAGCAAACUUGAUUACCACAUGAGGCUUCACACUGGAGAGAAACCUUACACUUGCUCUCAAUGUGGAAGGAGUUUUACACAGAGAGCCAACCUAGAUUACCACAUGAGAACUCACACCGGAGAGAGACCUUACCUCUGCCAACAGUGUGGAAAGAGUUUCAGUCAAAAGAAAUGCCUUGAAAUCCACAUGAGAGUUCACACUGGGGAGAGACCUUACAUUUGCUCUCAAUGUGGAAGGAGUUUUUCACAGAAAGGCAACCUUGAUUCCCACAUGAGGACUCACGCUGGAAAGAAGCCGUUUGUAUUUGGUCAAUAGAGUUCGGUUUCAAGGACUGGUUCCAUUUCAGAACUGCAUGGAAAAUGCUGCUAGGACCUUUGCCGAUAAAGCUUUGCUUCCAAAAUAUGACUCAAGUGAUGAUUUCCCUCACGGGCGUGAUGAGACCUUUUGAGGGGAGAACGAUUGAGAAGUGAAGUGUCGGGGGGUAAAAAAGUGCAGGUGCUCAAGGAACAGGUUUCAAGUGCACCCUGCCUCUGCACGUACCUGAUUACCCUUCACCUAUGAGAAUGCGUUGCAUAUGUAAAUUAUUACUUUAGGUAAAGUAAACAGUUAAUUAUUUUAUGACAUUGACGCAGGUUUUAUAAUGUUGCCAUGUAAACACUACUCCUAUUUGAACCCAGUAGUAGGUCUAUAGUAAAACUCGUCAUCUUCUGGAUGUGACUGUCAAUAAAGACUCAUCAUAAGUA